AUGUCCGUCCACGCCUCCGUCUACACCCCGCACACCGCCUGCCCAUCCAACCUCCGCACCUUCAACGCCGACGGCUCCCGGAUCAACCCCUCCACCUCCUCGCAUCACGACUCUCAAGAACUGCUCCCGAAAAACGACAGCAACAACAACAACAACAUCAACAUCAACAACAGCGUGAUGCAAGACCCGCUAUUGGACAAAACGUACGCAAUCACCCCGCACCGCGUCCGGUCACAACUCCUCGUCAACAACCUCAAAGCGUCGGGCAUACUGCCGUACCAGGCUGAUGAGACUGGUAGGCCGCCGCAGCUGAAGCACAGCGCGAGGGGGCUGGAGGCGAUUGGGUUCGAUGAGAACGCGAGUAUGUAUUCGAGUUAUAAGGGGGAGGGGCAGAGGAGGGUGUGGAAGGAUGAUGGUGGGGGGAAGGAGAAGAAGGUGGGGGGGAAGAGGAGGUUUUUGAAGAAGUUGGUGGGGAAGGGGGAGGAGAAGGGGGAGAAGUUGUGA